AAACCCUAAUUAACCAACUUUUCAUUUCUCUUAAGAAUUUUCCUCAAAAUCCCUAAAGCUAAACCUAACUUUCAUUCCCCCUUUUCUGUUUCUCUGAUGGCUACGGCACGUGAGGAGGGUAACCCCUAUGAAGGUGGAUUAGGAGCCGGGGGGAAAUUCAGAAAACGGCCGUUACGGAGGGCAACAAAAACUACGCCAUAUGACAGGCCGCCGACCUCAAUAAGGAACCCCGCCGGUACCGGCGAUAGAAAUGGUUGGUUAUCAAAAUUGGUGGAUCCAGCGCGGAGACUUUUUACUUCCAGUGCUCACAGGCUCUUCGCUUCUGUCUUUACGAAACGCCUCCCUCCGCCGCCGCUUCAGACACCGCAAUUGCCGGACUCUGGGACUAAUGAGGAACCAAGGGAGAAUCAACCAGAAGCGACUUCAACAGUUUCUCCUGUCGUGCAAGGAGCCAUUAUAGGAUGUGGGAAUCCCGUUAAUCUUACUGAAAAAACUGGAGUUGCUGAACUUGAGGAAAUUUUAAAGCGGAAGACAUUUACCAGAUCUGAAAUUGAUCGUUUGACAAGUUUACUACGCUCAAGAAGUGCUGACAUUUCUGGUGGAAAUGAAGAAAAGAGAUCUGCCUUGAUCUCAAUGGUAUCACAGGACAAGAAAGAAGAAUUUCCAGAGACCCCAGUAAGAGAGAAUGUGACUGAAAGCCAUCUUAUUUCAACACCUCUUGUCAGCUCAACUGUUUUUGAUGAGGUUGUUGCGUCACCUGCUGAGCUUGUAAAAGCUUACAUGGGCUGUAGGACAACGAAAGUACCUGUAUCAAGGCCUGGAUUACAAAAUCAAGUGCCCAGUGAAGAUUUAACUUUUCCGAGCAAUAAAAUUCUCUCUUCUACGCCUUCCACAAUGUCGCUUGUGCCAAGGUCUUCUGGUCAUGUUGGGAGUCUUAGAAACAGUUUUAUGACCCCAAGAUUGAAGGGCAGGUCUGCAAUAUAUAGCAUGGCGCGGACACCUUAUUCCAAGGUUACCACAGCACUUCCCCUUAAGAGUUCUGGAACUGCAAGUGUUGCUUUUGGUGGACCAUCAUUGCCGCAGAGUGCAUGGGAGCAAAACAGAAUUUCUGGUUCCAGACAGGGGGUUUUGAAGCGCAGAAAUUCGGUAUUAGAUAAUGAUAUUGGAUCAGUUGGCCCAAUUCGGCGGAUUCGUCAGAAGUCCAAUCUUCUUUCUUCAAGAACCUUAACUUUACCAGCUUCAGCGGGUCCUCUAUCUGCUCACGAAGCUGGCACUAGUUCAACUGGUUUAGAUAGUCUAGCUGAGAAGGGGGUGAACAGCACUCCUGCCACAAGUUUUACCACUGUUCCAUCCAAGUCCAGUCAGGUGGCUUCGAAAAUAUUACAGCAACUGGACAUCAUGGUUUCCCCAGGGGAAAAAACACCCACUAAGUUGUCACCAUCUAUGAUAUGUGGGCAGGCUCUUAAAAGCUUUGAGACUGUAGAUUCUUCAAAAUUUCUGGAGAACAUGAAUGAUAAUGAUAAAUUGAAUGGUUCUGGCACUGCACUGAUUGGUUUUCAAGACUAUCUCUCUAACGAACAUGAUAAAGUUCAAGAAAAUGGCUCAACAACAUUGGUUGCUCUCCCUGACAAUCCAGUUCCUGCAGUAAAUGGUGUAGAUAGUAAUAGUUUAAUGAAGGAUAAUAAUGUGCCUAGUGUUAAUGCUACUGAUUCUAGUGCGAUAAAGUCUCUCGUACAGCAAUCUCAACAAAAGAGUCGAGCUUUUCAGAUGAGUGCACAUGAGGAUUAUCUGGAUCUGGAUGAUGAUAACUAUCCUAAUGGAUCCACGCAUGCUGAAGGUAGAGGGAGGUUGGAUAACUGUGUCAUGGGGAGUACGAGUGCAGUUGCUGAAGCUAUAGAGAAACCUUCUAUUUUUUAUGAAGUUGAACCCAUUUCAAUUGCUGCAUUCAAUCAAAGACCUGAUUUGAGAACAUCUGAUGGAUCCACAGCUAGUGAAAAGAAUGCUGGUGUUACUUUUCCAGUUGUAGAGAUGGCCACUUCAUCUGUGCAGUCAGCAUUUGUGGCAUCUCCAUCAACUCUAACUGCCAGUAAAGAUGCUGUCUCUUCACACCCAAAUGCUCCUUGUAUGCUUAUCAUUGGGGAGAAAGUUUCGGCUGCAAAACAAUCAAAUGUGGCUGUUACUACUUUUGGCUUUGCCUCUACAAAUGCUGGUGAAGUUUCAUCAGUUACUGGAUCUUCAGGUGUUAAGCUUGCCACAAGUUCAAACCAAAAAUUAGAGAACUCAAGCAGCUUUACUGCCGCUGCUCCUGGUACUACCAAUUAUUUGUCAGAUAAAACUGACAAGGAGAACAAUAUGAAUGAGAUCUUCUGUAGGACACCUGAAGCUGCAAUCACCUCUUCUUUAUCAACUUCGACAUCAGCUGGAAGUAUCUUCAAGUUUGGUGCCUCAAAAGAUAGUUCUACCUUAAAUAAUGGGUCUCUUGCUUCAAGUCCUUUUUCAUUCUCUUCACCUGUGGCUUCUCUAGUCCCAAGUACUGGUCAAAGUUCAUCCAGUGCAGCUGCCACCAAUAGUGAUGCUUCUGCUGCUGCCACCACCUCUGCAGGUGCAUCUGCGAAUGUAACCAUCAGCCGUACCAGCAACCCCUCCGUGGAGUCUUCGAUCCCUCACUUUACAGCUGCACCUGUUUUCAAGUUUUCUUCCACUGCGGACCCGUCAACUUCAGUUUCAACAUUACCAGCAACUUCAGGGGAAGCAACCGAAUCUAAGACCCAGGAUACAAGUGUUGGCAAUGUAGGGAUCUUUCCAUUUGGUGGUACAUCUGCUUUUACUAGUUCUGGAAGUGGUAUUUUUGGUGGUACAUCUGAAGUUAAAAGUGCUGCAAGCAGCACUGCUGGUACAACAGCUGAAGUCGCAAGCUAUGGAACUAGCAGUUUCAGUGGUUUAUCUUCCAUCAUUUCGAACUCCGGAAGUGGCUUUUUCAGCAACACAUUUUCCACAGUGACAAGCAAAGGCAAUAGUAUCUUCGGUGGCACGUCUGCAACUACCAGCACAGGCAAUGUUAUCUUUGGUGGUACAUCUGCAACUAAAAGCACAGGCUGUAGUACUUUUGGUGGUAUGUCUUCAGCAAUAGCUGGUACAGGAAGUAGUAUCUUUUCCAAUAAAUCUGCAAUCAUGAGCACUGGAAGCAACAUCUUUGGAUUCAGUGCUACAGCUGCAUCUACAUCUACUACCCAGACCCAGGGUUUAAAUCCUUUCAAUUCUGUUAAUACCCAAGUAUCUGCUGUGGGAACUGGCAUCGGUACCUCAACUCAAAGCAUGCCCAUUCAGUUUUCUUCAUCUGCUUCAUCUCCAUCCUUUGAAUUGGCUGGGAAUACAACCUUUUCUUCUGGCAGUUCAAUGUUUGGGUCAUUGGCAUCCAUUGCUAAACCUUUUGGUUCGGGUGCUACUUUUGGAGUAAGUUCCUCCUCUUCAGAAACCAACCCUCUGAGCUCUAGCAGUGGCAUUGCUUCUGGCGCAUUUGGCUCGAAUUGGCGAGCUCCUAUGACACCCAUAUUUGGCUCUUCAUCAUCAGGAUUUGGUUUUGGAUCAUCAUCUUCUGUUGGUGCUUCUAGCAGUGCACCUUCAAUCUUUGGGUCAUCCACCGGUGCCUCCUCAGGUUCCAUAUUUUCGUUCACUUCAGCUUCAGCAGCUACUCCAUCACAGCAUGCAUUUGGCAAUACUAGUCCUGGGUUGGUGUUUGGGUCAGCACCCUCUACUAAUAAUGAUCAAAUGGAAGAUAGUAUGGCUGAGGACACAGUUCAAACUUCACCAACGGUUGCGCCAUUUGGUCAACAGCCAAUCUCACCACCUGCUUCUGGGUUUGUUUUCGGUGCAUCAAAUCCAUCAGGAGGAGGUUCUUUUCAUAUUGGAAGCCAACCAAGCAUAGCCGCACCACAGAAUCCAUCUCCAUUUCUGGCUUCUGGUAGUCUGGAAUUUGGUGCUGGAGGGAGCUUCUCAUUGGGUACCAGUGGUGGUGACAAGUCUACCAGAAAAUUUGUGAAGGUCCGCAAGCAGCGGAAGAAGUAAUAGGAUUUAAUUACUUUGGCCAACUCUUUCAUUUGAGAGACCCAAGUGAUUGAUUGAAUAAUAUUAUUAAGGCUAAUGAGAGAAGAGCUGCUGAUUGUUGUUGUAUGUGGUAGCCAUCCGAAUUCGUUUGGUGCCAGCACAAGUGUUACCGGACAUUUGGAACCUGUUAAAGAUGAUGCUUUUAUUUCGUCAUUUCUAUGGGGAUGCUGACCGAGGCUCGUCAAAAAUUUGAAUGCUCUUCGUGGUAAAAAUUUGAGUCAACAUUUGGAACUGUACGAUUAGUAUUAAUUAGCUGAUAGAUUUUGUGGUUUGAGCCAUUAUGCUUCUGACCUUGUUCUAUGUACCCUUAUCAUAUGUAAAAUAAACCAAAAAGAAAAAGGAACUGACAUGGAAAUGGAAAUGGUUAUGAAUUUCAUUUUAGAGCUCAACUCCUUUGUUUCUUC